CAAAACCCCUCAGGGCCCCGGGGGCCGGGCUACCGCCAUGACGGGGCGGAGCGGGGCCGGGGCGGGCGCGCAUGCGGUGCGGGGAGGGCGGCCGGGGCGCUCGGCGGCGGCGCCAUCAUGUCGAUGGAGGACCCCUUCUUCGUGGUGAAGGGGGAGGUGCAGAAAGCUGUGAACACCGCCCAGGGGCUCUUCCAGAGGUGGACAGAGCUCUUGCAAGAUCCCUCCAUCGCCACGCGAGAAGAAAUCGACUGGACCACUAAUGAGCUCAGGAACAAUCUGCGGAGCAUCGAGUGGGACCUGGAAGACUUGGAUGAAACAAUUAGCAUCGUCGAGGCAAACCCUCGGAAAUUCAACCUCGAUGCCACGGAGCUGGGUGUGAGGAAAGCCUUCAUCACGAGCACGCGGCAGGUGGUCAGGGAGAUGAAGGAUCAGAUGUCAAACUCCUCCAUGCAAGCACUGGCUGAAAGAAAAAACAGACAGGCACUCCUGGGAGACAGCAGCAGCCAGAGCUGGAGCUCGGGACCUGACAAAUACAGCCGUCUGGACCGGGAGCUGCAAUUAGCAAAUUCACACUUCAUUGAGGAGCAGCAAGCUCAACAACAGCUGAUCGUGGAGCAGCAAGACGAGCAGUUGGAGCUGGUCUCUGGCAGCAUCGGGGUGCUGAAGAACAUGUCGCAGCGCAUCGGCGGGGAGCUGGAGGAGCAGGCAGUGAUGCUGGACGACUUCUCCCACGAGCUGGACAGCACUCACUCGCGGCUUGACAACGUCAUGAAGAAGCUGGCCAAAGUGUCUCACAUGACGAGCGACCGACGGCAGUGGUGUGCGAUUAUCGUCCUCUUUGCCAUCUUGCUGGUGGUGCUCAUCCUGUUCUUCGUCCUGUGAUGGACUGAACUCCUCGGAUGCCUCUUCUCUGCCCCCCCUCCCCUUGUAGCAUGGGGAAACGAAACUCUCGCCGUUUCCGUCCGCCCGGAGCUCCCCGUCAAGAAAACCUGCAUCUGGCUCUCACCUUCCUCCUCCGAGGACCAAGGCUUGGCUCUGCCUACGUCUCACCUGGCCCCGGGGAGGGCAGAAGGAGGGCAGGAGCAGUUUGUGGCUCCCCCACAAACCCGGGGGGUGCUCACCAGCCAAAAAAGCAUUCCCAGGAGGAGCAGAGCAGGGCCGUGACACCCCACGUGAACCCACGGCCUGGCUCAGCACCGCCCCGAUAGCACCGAGCCAGGAUUCACCUCCCAGACCCCUGGGCAGGAGCUGACACGCUGCAGGUCGGUGAGCUGUGGGUGCAGUGUCCCUGCCACCCGCACGAGGGGUGCGAUUGGAAACCCCACAGCUUUAAUCUUGGGUCGCUGAGAGCUGGCAGCCGGCCGUGUGCCCGAGGCUGGAUUUCUUAAAGCUUUUAAAAUCGCCUCCUUUGUUAUACAAGCCUCUAAAGCUCAUUGACUGAUGCUUUCUUUGCCCUUGUAUGACUGAGUAACUGCUUCUGUUUAACAGCUGCUUCCCUUUGGCAAGUGAUUUGUCAGGUCUGAAAUAACUUAUUUUUUUUAAGGAAAAAAAAAAAACUUUAAAGAUUUUUUGAUGACCAUUUGAGCCCCAUUCUUUCUGCAGAUGCAGGACGCCCUCUCAGAGGAAUGGAGCUUAACUAUGGAUUUUAAGUGCGUAUGAACUUGUAAAUAGGAUGUCUUAAUUUUUUCCCAACUGAUAUUUUUUUGGGGGAACUUCCAUCGUAAGCAACCAAAAGCCAGAAAACUCAAAGCUAGGUCACGCUUCUGUAUGACUCCCCAGUCCUUUUGUUACCUUGGGGUUUGUCACCCCGAUGGGCUCGGUGCUGGUGGAUUAGGAUGUAGCCAGGUAGUCGAUACCAAAAUGAAACAAAGCUCACCCUGGCAGUAUUACUGGGGAGAAAUACAGGUCCUGGGCUGCAAACACUGACUACAGAGAUAUGGGACGGCUCCUCUGCAAAGAAGAAACUUGCUAAAGCCUGCUCCCGUAUUUAAAGGUUGUUUUUUUCAGGAGGGAAAGCCGCCACACACCAGGCUGACUUCCACCUUCCAUCUGGCUCUCAGAUGGGGCUGGGGGAGGAAGUUAGCUGGUGCUGACACUAAGAUUUCUGCUGAAACUGCAGGCCAGGCCCCCGGAGUCGUACUCCCCAUAAGGGAAACUCAGCCCGGGCUGGACCCUGCUCCCCCAGCGGGGUUUUGGGCUCUGUUGAGGCGUCUGCGUGGUCCCUCCUUGCAGGCACACGGCAGCUCCGUGCCUUUCCCUGCCGUGCCAGGGCGGCUUCUCCUGCAUCCAACGCACACAUGCCCUUCACGCCAGCCUGCACGGCCGACCGCGGCGGUUCCUCUGUCCCUGCAGAGCAUCUUGCUGCUUUUGGUUACGCUGUCAGAAACACGGCUGGCGCCUUCCCAAGGCUGCCUCUUGCAGUGGCUGCACUUGGGCUCAAUCCCUCUCCGAGAGCAGGUUUCCCCAGAGGUCCGUGGUCAUCCUCCGGGUGUGGGCACCACGUGGUCCUGCUGCUGUCCCCGCCGGCCUUGUUGUUACGGAGAGGAUUUGCAUCCGAGCACCCGGAGCUGCUCACCCUCGCUGCGUGGGACUGACAACGGAGCCGUGCCCGUGGGACUGCCUCCUGCACAGCGCCAGAAGCCGGCUCCAAAAUGUGCUGGGGAAGGAGAACGCCGCCUCCUCUGCUCCCCACGUUGUUUUCAGCUCAGUCCCGUGUCCUCCAGGAGCAGCUCCUGAUGCUCCAGGCAGGACCACGCUCUCCUCAGCCCGUCGUGCUGCCGGAGGGCAGCCCAGCCGCGGCGCUCGCGUGUCUGUCCGCGUGUCCCUGCAGUCCGUUCCCCCUGUACGUUUGCUUUUCCUGUUGGUGGUGGUGCUCCCCUCUCCUUUACUGCUAAAUAAACGCGUUGCUGCUGCCCGGCGUGUUGCAGCAGGGGAAAUCA